AUGAAUUCACGAUUUGAACUUGAUAAUAAAUUUAAGCAUAAAUAUCAAUAUGAUAAUGAACGAAAAUACGAUCUAAAACUUACAAAUAGUACAAGUUAUGAUAAAAAAGAUAUUGUAAAUAAAAAAAAUGAUGAUUCUCAAGAAAUUUCUGAUAAAAAUUACAAAGAUUUUUAUUUCAGUAAAUAUAAACAUGAAUUGAAUAAAGUAUUCUCAGAAAAUUUAAAUAUAAUCCAAGAUAUUGAUGAUUUUUGGAAAUUUGUUAAUAAAUAUGAAACUGUACAAAAGAAAUUAAAAAUUUCUGAUAUUUCACCUAAUUUUUUAUUAAAUACCAUUGGUGUACCAGAAUUAUACCAUAAAUUACAUUGUAUAAAUUUCAAACUGAGUUAUAAUUUUAAUGAAUUAUUUACACAUAUAUUAUCAAUUGAAAAAUUAACAGAAAAAUGCUUAUUAAAAUUUCAAACUAUAAUUAUUUUAUAUUUAGACUUUAAACAAAAAGAAAAGUUUAUUAAAUUAAAAAAACUUAGGAAUUCACAGGCAAAUUUACCAGUUUAUCAAUAUAAACAUGAAAUUAUUCAAACUAUAAAACAAGAACGGGUAGUUAUAAUUGCUGGUGAUACUGGUUGUGGAAAAUCUACUCAAGUGCCUCAAUAUUUAUACUCAGCAGGUUUUCAAAAAAUUGCUUGUACACAACCAAGACGGAUAGCUUGUAUAUCUUUAGCAAAACGUGUUGCUUUUGAGACAUUAACAGAAAAUUAUAAUGAUGUUGGUUACCAAAUUCGUUUUGAAAAACAAAAAAAUCAAAAUACCAAAAUUACCUUUAUAACAGAAGGUCUUUUGUUAAGACAGUUAUCUGGAGAAUUUGAUUUGUUAUUUUAUGAUGUAAUUGUUUUGGAUGAAGUGCAUGAACGUCACUUACAUGGAGAUUUUCUUCUUGGCAUUAUGAAAUGCAUUAUUAAUCAAAGAUAUGAUUUAAAAUUAAUACUUAUGUCUGCAACUAUAAAUAUUGAACUUUUUAGUGAUUAUUUUGCCAAAGAAAAUGUUAAAAUAAUACAGGUUCCUGGAAGAUUGUAUCCUAUUCAAUUACUAUACAAACCUAUUAUUAUAGAAGAUAUUCGAUAUAAAAAUGAUAGAUUUAAUCCAAGUCCUUAUAUACAAAUAAUGCAAAUGAUUGAUCAAAAAUAUUCAGCUGAUGAAAAAGGAGAUUUAUUAAUAUUUUUAAGUGGAAUGAGUGAAAUUAGUACAGUUGUAGAUGCAGCAAAAGAAUAUAGUCAAAAAAAGAAUAAUUGGAUUAUCUUACCACUUCAUAGUACUCUAGCUAUUAGUGAACAAGAUAAAGUAUUUGAUUAUGCUCCUGAAGGAAUAAGAAAGUGUAUUGUAUCUACUAACAUUGCUGAAACUUCUAUUACUAUAGAUGGAAUUAGAUUUGUUGCUGACAGUGGAAAAGUAAAGGAAAUGAGUUAUAAUCCAUCAUGCAAAAUGCAACAACUUAAAGAAUUUUGGAUUAGCAAAGCUAGUGCAGAACAAAGGAAAGGAAGAGCUGGUAGGACUGGACCUGGAGUAUGUUAUAGAUUAUAUUCUGAAACAGAAUAUUUGAAUUUAGAAAAAUAUUCAACUCCAGAAUUACAACGUGUACCUCUAGAUUCCUUACUUUUACAAAUGAUUGCAAUGGGACUUCCAGAUGCACGAAAAUUUCCAUUUAUAGAACCACCCUCACCUGAAAGCAUAGAAAAUUCUAUAAUAUCUUUAAAAGAACAUGGCGCAUUAACAGAUAAUGAAAAAAUAACAUGUAUUGGAAGAACACUCGCACGUUUACCAGUUGAUAUAACGAUAGGAAAAAUGUUAAUAAUGGGUUCUAUUUUUCAUCAAAUAGAACCAGUUUUAUCAUUAGCUGCUGCCUUGAGCAUACAAACACCAUUUACAAAUAAAGCAUAUAGAGAUUCAGAAUGUGAGACAUCUAGAAAAAAAUUGGAAUCUGAUCAUGGUGAUCCAAUAACAUUACUAAAUGCAUUUAGAGAAUGGUUAGAAAUAAAACAACAGAGUUCUCAAGAAUCUAGAUCUACAAGAAAUAAUAGUAAAAAAUGGUGUAAAAGAAGAGGUUUAGAAGAACAAAGAUUUUACGAAAUGACAAAAUUAAGAGCUCAAUUUAAAGAAUUACUUCAAGAUUGCGGAUUAUUAAAAAAUUUUUCGGAAUCAAAUUCUUCUAUGUCUAGUGCAGAACGUGCAAUAAGACAUGGAGAACUUAAACUUUUAAAAUCCUUAAAACGAAUUUAUAAACAAAAUGAACCUAGAAAAAGAAAACAAUUAAAGCUAGAAUCUUUUGAUAUACAAUUAGAAGAUAAUGAUCAUGAAGAUGGUGAAAUUGAUAUAAAAGAUAUCGAAUUUCGAAUGAAAAAUGAUUCAAAUCAAGUACAAAAUUUAUUAACAGCAAGUACUGCAUGUAAUUAUAAAGAUUUAACUAUGUUGAAAUUAAUAUUGUGCAGUGGUUUAUAUCCACAAUUUGCAGUUGCCGAUGAAUUUAAUUAUUGUAAGACAAUGAAUGAACAACUAUUUCACACAAAAGCGAAGCCAUACAUUGCUUUACAUCCAAUAAGUUUCUUUGGACAUCAUCCUCAGGUAUUACAAUUAGAAGAAGUUGAUGUUGUAUCAAUACCAGGUUUUAAAAAUAAAACUCCUGUUAGUCCAAAACAUACAAUAUUAACAUAUUUAUCUCUUUUGGAAACUACAAAGCCUUAUUUAGUGAAUACACUUAGAAUGCCAGCUGCACAAACAUUACUUUUAUUCGCACGUGAAAUCGAUACAAAUAGUACAUUUUCAAUAAUAGUAUGUGAUUCGUGGUUAGAAUUAAAAUUUCCUAUACCUGAUACUGGUCAAACUUUACUAAUGAAAGCUACCAAAUUACGACAUAAAUGGGAUUUUUUAUUAAAUCAACGAUUACAAGAUUCAAAUAUUAAUAAUGAUAUACAAGAUCUUAGUGAAUUUGAGGAUAUACUUAUUCAAAAACUAAUUGAAUAUAUGCAUACUACUGUUCCAUAUACACUAAAACGACUUUUACCAGCUGAUCUUAAAAUUAUAUAUGUGGGAAAUGGCAAAAAUAAUAUAUUAGUAGAUCCAAAUCCUUUUCAAUCAGAUUUUGUAAUAACUCCUAAUUCAGUAAAAGGAGGAGUUCGUGUAUCAAACAUUAUUACAUAUAAUUGUAUACAAGAAACUGAAUGGAGUGAACAACUUUCCAUACAAAUUUUAAAAACAGAAUGGCAUUGUCAAAAUUGUAACAUGCAAGCAAUUUUAACAAGCAUAGAAAAAUUACAACAUCAAUAUUCUUGCGUUAAAACAAAUAUAAAAGAUGUUAAAAAACAUUGUGACAAUAUCAAACAUAAAUCUAAUGCACAAGCAUAUGAAUGUCCUAAUUGUCUACAAACAUUAUACUUGACACCCAUUGAGAUUCUUAAACACAAAAAAUCUCAUGUUAAAUAAAUUUCUUAAUA